AUGUCUCCUGCUUUGAAACGUGGAGUUCGAUCUGACAGCUUUGUAAAUACUCCUCCAGGAACGUAUGAUCGAAAGAAAGGUAAAACUGGUCUUGUUUUCUAUGAAGGAAAGGGCCUACCAAGACUCCCUGGUAAGAGACCCAACCCGCGAGCUUUUGCAGUCCGCUAUCGUCCAAUCGGUGACCUUGACUUACGAAGGCAAGACAAACUCUCUAUGGAUGAUAAGGCAACGUUUGAUGAUUUCCUUACCAUGACAAAUCUCCUCUAUACUCAAAAGGAUUGGGUAGAUCCCAAGGAAGCACUGCUUGAGGAAUACCAAAAGCUCGCAGGAGAAGUGGCUAUUCAAGGUAAGGAUGCUAAUCCAGAGAUUAAAUGA